CAGUUGCAGAAUUUUCACCGAACCGUUCGGAUGGAAUCCGGUCGCCAGGCCGUCGAAGCGCGCGUUUUGUGUUCGGGACUGUUCGGGACGUUUUCAGCUGCUGCUAGCAAGCACUAAAGCGUGACUUUGGGGUAGCCCCAGGGUGACACUGUAGCACGAUAUAGGGCAGACUCAGAGGAUUACAGAGGAUAAAGCUGCAGCUGCAGCAGCCGGAAGUGGUAGUACAGUGGUUGACAUCCCGAGAAGGAAGUCGGAGCGGAGGGAAGAAACGUGACACCGCCGCUGUGUUGGUCGUGACCGUCGACGAUGAAAAUUUAAUCAAAAGUGCUAUAAAUAUCGCCGAAACGGUCGGAGAGUCGGCGGUGUGUGCUUUUGUGUAUUUUCGCCAACGGAGAGGACCACUCACGCGCGGCUCAUGAAUAGCGGAUAUUGUUUACUUGGCGCAACGGCGGUGUCGUCCAAGUCGAGCAACGUGUUUUGAUUUAUCGCCGCGUCGGACGCCGAAUCUUCUGGAGUCGCCAGCUGGUCGCGCGACCUCGUAACUUUUUGGCACCAGGUUCCGGGCACAAUCCGGUUUGUCCGCCGUACUGCAGAUAAAAGUUGGCCACUUUGGAGGGGGGUGACUAUGCGCCAUCAUCUGCCAAGUUCCGAAGAGUGAGUGGUGUGUGUUUGGUGAGUUCUGCUCAGUGUAUGUAGUGCAACAGCAACAACAGCACCAAGACCGGGGAAUCCCCGAAAAGUAGAAGUUGUUCGUUGGUCCAAGUUUAAAGGCACAGCCGAAAAAAAUCAAUACCGUCUGUCCGUGUGAGUGAGCGAACGAAGGCCGAGAGGUGGUAUCAUCAACAGAAGCCCGCCAGGUCCGGAUACCGUGUGGAGUCUGAGCGGGCCUGGAACAACAGCAGAGCAGCGCGUUAAUUCAGUUGGAAAAGCCGAUUGGAUACCGCGGAGAGCGGAGACGACGCGAAGGCGGUUACGUCGCUGCAAGCAGUCUCGAAGCAAACAAAGACGAUCUCAACCAGAAACCGCACCAUCAAUGCCACCAGAGUGAUGCUCUGAAAUUCCGAUUUCUGGACGCACCGGUCUGGAAUGUGCUACGGUGCGGCUACGGUGGCAGCGACGUGUCGGUUCCCGGAACUAGGACUCAGCCUGAAGUGAUUCCUGGAUCAGGACGACGACGACGAUGACGCUGAAGAAGAUGUGCUCGAGCAGUGAAUUUCCGUCUGCGGUGUACAUAGGAAUAAGCCCCGCAUAGUUAGAUAGGCCGUUUUGUGUUGUAAUAUCAAAGUUUGCGCAGCAGCUGAAGUGAGUGAAACAAGAGUCAACUCUUCAACUUGAGCGCGCCUGGCAGCGGGAGUCAUUAGAAAGUUUGUGUUGGCGUUGGCGUACGUACGGGAUCCCUAAAGUUAGUAGGCGUGCAAAGAGCACCGCCAUCGUCCACUUCCAGUCGCUGUGAGGCUGACGUGGUCGUCACCUUCGGAACAAGAUGGCCAACAAAUGUUACCUGGCGGCGGUGGUGCUGGUGCCACUGCUGGGACUGUUCACCGGUUACGUGGCUGGCCUCGAGGAGGACUGUGUGGACUUCCAGGGCAACUCGGUGGCCCACGGGCUGCUGUACGUGCCCGGGCCGGGCGUGUGCAGCCUGUGCGUGUGUUACCACUCGGAGCCGCUCUGGUGCAAAGCAAUCUACUGUGAUCCACCCUAUUUUUGUAAAAAGUUUCGCGUAGGAGAACGAUGCUGUGAAUUCGAGUGCUUAGACCCGCCCGGGGAGGACGAGAUGUAUCAGGCUCGCCUCCGGAAGCGCGCGGAAAUCCUAGCUGGCAACAGUGCCAACCAUCCGCUGAAGACGUCCGCCAGCAGGGUGCUGGGCGCCACGGCCACGGCCCUGGCCAUCACGCUGUCCACUAGCUUAAGGCACCGCCUGCCCUCCUCCUAGCUCUCUCCCAAGUCGUGACAGACAACUGCUAUACGAAUGAAGGACCUUUUUUCUCUUGGAUAAUCGUAAUUUAUGAUUCACAAAAAAAAAGAAAAAGAAAGGAACAAAAGACACCCACGCUACAAAAAAUAGAGAAAUUUUUACCUAAUUAAUCCAUCACUAACACAUAAAAAACACAACCAAAGAGUAAAUCAAUUAGAGAGAAUUGGAUGCGAAGUGAAGCGAGAUCUUUCAUUAUUCAAAAACGUUAAUGAAGCAAAUUUAAACAAACUACUAAACACUUCGCACUAACAAAUGAAAAGAGAUACAGCAAAACGUUCGAAAAAGAAGGUUGGAUAAAAAGCAAUGGAAAACGUGCAGAAAAAAAACAAACUUUGUGAGGGGAAGGAAUCAAAAGAAAGCAAACAAAGUAAUAGUAAUUAUAAAAUAAUUAAAAACAAAACUAUGAAAAGCUUUAUUUUUUUGUAUCAAAUCAAAACGAAACAAAGAGAAAAAUAUACCGAUAUGGAUAGUUUGAUAUCAAUCCAUCGCUAAAA